AGUUGACAAGUUCACCCACAUUGACAUUUGAAUUUUGUUUCAGAAUUAUCAGCAAACAAAAUUCUUAAACUUACAUUUCAAACAAUCAUGGACAAACCAGUGUAUGCUCGCGUGGUCAAGAUCCUCGGCAGGACAGGAUCUCAGGGUCAGUGCACCCAAGUCAGGGUCGAGUUCUUGGGCGAGCAAAACCGCCAGAUAAUACGAAAUGUCAAAGGACCCGUUCGCGAGGGUGAUGUCCUUUCCCUCGUGGAGUCCGAGCGAGAGGCCAGGAGACUGCGUUAGGAAAUCCGCCACCUUGGAUUCUCAAUAAACAUAUUUCAUACUUAAAAUAUUCCAAUAUCCAGUAUCAACGCAUACAACGUAUAAAAAAGAAACAUGUAAAUAACAAAAUUUAAGCUUACCUAAUAUGUAAGAUAAAUAUAAUAUUACAAUUAUCUUAAAAGACCACAACAAUGUUUGAGAACAU